CAAGAAGCUUAGUCUCAGCUUUCGACCCACCGGUCUUUUUCGGUCAACGCGACAGCGCAUCACUGAAAUUGGCGAGCGAGCGGGUCUGUGGAUGAACCAAGACUUGCUAAGAUUGCUUGCGCUCUGUUAGGCUGGGCGACAUUUCGACACCCCCAUUCCCGCCAAUAGCAGACGUGUACGAAGCUGUCUAGAAUUCAACAAUUAGCAACUUUUCGCUUGUGUUUCUACCUUGAAGGUCAACACUGCCUUGGACGCCAUCGUAUCUGCUUGAAGCAAAUCGAGGCGUAUUUGGUCAAAAUCAUUAAAAAAAAAUCAACGGGCUGGACUCGAAUUCACCUGGACAAUCUUCUCUUGAACAUUGUCUACCUACACAAAUCGCUUUCCUCCUGUGCCCGGAUAAAUUCACACCUCGGCAGUGCCUUGGAUUCACCAGGAUUCUAGAGCGUUGCGGGACUGGGACACCUUUCGACAGCUGCUAUAGCUCUUGUCCCCUUACAUUACUUGGUACACCUAGUGACUCAGGCUCAUUGCCAAGAACGCUUGGGAUAAGGCGCAGAGGCACCUUCGAAACGCCUUUUGGACGCGGCUGUGAAGUACACCAUGUACUCGCAAUCCGCAGCCAUGGCAGCAACAGCUCCCCAAAAACCAGAGACAUUCAUGCUCAGCACAGAGGCCCAGCAAGCUUUACCUCAUGAUGCGCAAGUAGCUCUACAGCAAGUUGAUAAUCUCAAAUAUUUUCUCAUAUCUGCUCCGGUUGACUGGCAACCCGAUCAAUAUAUCCGGAGGUUUCUUUUGCCGACCGGUGAAUACGUCUCUUGUGUCCUAUGGAAUAAUCUGUUCCAUAUCUCCGGUACUGACAUCGUGAGAUGUCUUUCUUUUAGAUUCCAGGCCUUUGGCCGUCCUGUUAGGAACUCGAAGAAAUUUGAGGAAGGUAUUUUCUCUGACCUGCGAAAUCUGAAAUCUGGAACCGAUGCUUCCCUCGAGGAACCAAAGAGUCCCUUCCUUGACUUUCUCUACAAAAACAACUGUAUUCGGACACAGAAGAAGCAGAAAGUCUUCUACUGGUACAGUGUGCCUCAUGACCGCCUCUUCCUCGACGCCUUGGAACGAGAUUUGAAGAGAGAGAAGAUGGGCCAGGAAGCCACCACAAUGGCACAAAGCGAACCAGCCUUGUCAUUCCAAUAUGAUUCAUCACAGUCACUUUACGAACAGCUAACCAAGGCACAACAAGCCAACUCUUCAUCCUUCAAUGCGCAGCAGGUUUCUUUCUCAUCCCAGUCUCAGGCGGCUUCCCCAGUGAUGAGGGCCAUGGAAUCGAUGCCCCCUCCGCAGAUGCUUCCCCAGUCGUUAGCCCCUUUAACAGAGGGUAUGGAUGCUAUGGUCUCGUAUAACACGAUGGCGACGAUGGCGCCGGCGAUGGUUCAAGCAAUGCCCCAGCAAGUUCAGCAAGUGAUUAAGAGAGAGCCCGACUACCCACGUGUUCAGUACAAUCAGAAUGGGGUGCCCGUCAGCCAAAGCCAUCAGCGUCACGCCUCCAUGCCUGCGUACGGUCUCGAAUAUUCUCCUGCGCCUUCUUUCGUCUCCUCCCAUUUCGAAGACUACAGCAAUCGUGGCAUUUCUUAUGAGCCUAUCACCCCCCCUCAGCAGGCCCUAGGCAUGGUUGGUGAGCCGGCUUAUAUCGCAAAUGAAGAGACUGGGUUGUACAGCGUCAUUCCAGAAACUACCCUCGGAAAUGGUUUGAAUGGAAUGAUGCAGCUGCCACCACCCAACCUGGCAGGUGCACAAUUUUCUCGUGGCUACGGGGCUACCAGCGCCUACUCCAUGAUCGAAGGGUCACCAACAUACAAGCAGAGAAGGCGGCGUUCAUCAAUCCCCCCCACUAUGGCAACUAUCGCUGCCGUAACUACGCAGGCUCAAGCUGCAGCCCACCGUCCAUCUGAUCUGAGGAGGUCUGUAUCGGCUUCCGUUGGACCUUUAGCCGAGGGUGAUGAGAUGCCAACCAACUCUCCUCCAAGUCUUUCUUAUAGCAACCACGCGUUGUCGAUUGCCAGCCACCAGAACAGAGAAAUGCUUGAAAUGUCAAGACACGGUACUCCUCUUUCUGCUGUCGAUGGUAGUCCGGCUCUCAAUCCUCUGUCUCUUCAACGGCAAGAUUUUGUUGGCCUAGCUAACGACGACUUCGGCGCUGAUGGUUGCAUGAGUGAGCAAAGAACAAUGCAGGCCGGACCCAAUGUUGUUCGUAGAGCUAGAUCGGCAACAGUUUCGGAGCUCGGUAACCCCUAUCCUCAAAAAUCCCACUCGUGCCCUAUCCCGACCUGCGGCCGCCUAUUCAAGCGUCUCGAGCACCUUAAGCGACAUGUGAGGACACACACCCAAGAAAGACCCUAUAUCUGCCCCCAUUGUAAUAAGGCAUUCUCUAGAUCCGACAACCUAGCACAGCAUAGGCGUACACAUGAUCGCGGCGACGGUGCCGAGACCGGUCUUCAGCUGUCUGGCGAGGAAGAAGACGAGUUCUCAAGUGAGGACCACCUUGGAUCGCUUGAAGACGCCUCGCCCCAAUCUGAAGGCGGGUAUAUACCUUCUUCUCUCAACUCUCUGAGCCCCAACCACCAUGGGAUAUCGAACGGAGGGAUGACACACACGGCUCCUUUCAAUCCUCUUCAGACGUUAAGCAUGCCAAUGACUAUGAGUACGCCGAGCGGUGCGAUAUGAGAUUGAUUUUGCCAUUUUUAUUAUCUAUAAUGGGGAGAUGCGCUAUCGCGGAUCCCUUAUUGAUUCUUUUCCCGUCAGUUUGCUGAACUUGGCAUUUCGAUUUUGGCACGCAUGUCGCGGAGCCCGAAGCUAUUCACGCAAUCUAGCGUAUAUUGGCUGGAACGCCACUUUUAUCAUGUGGAAUUAUGUUCUUUAUGGGAUAUCACAACACCAGACACUUCAUAGACUAGCAAAUUUCGCCAUAAUAGCGGGGGCCGGGUAUCUCCAUCGGAUAGGAGAAUGAGGUGAUGGAGCAUACGCAGAAGAGGGAUAUGAUCCAAUGAACCUGAGCAUACUUGUAUAUAAUUGUUUCAUCUUAUGUGCCGCACAAAUAUCUAUAGUGGUGGAGAGUUGAUUGGGGGCUUACGAUGACGCAUCUUCGAAGCCUGCUGCAGAAAAGGUUUAAGACUCGAAUAAAUAAUAUGUUCUAAAUAACUUUGCUACCA